AAAGCGAAAAGAAGAAUAAGAAGAACAAGAAACAUUACAUUUGCCAACAAAAUAAUCUCGUCAUGAACGCUCGGUGUCAAUGCGGCGCCGUCUCGUUCAAGACGCCGCUGCCGGAGCCCCUCGCGCUGUAUAUAUGCCAUUGCUCCGAGUGCAAGAAACAGACGGGCUCCGCGUUUGGGACGUCAGCCAUUUUCCCACGAUUUAAGCUUCCCGAAACUGAGAACUUGAACUGCUAUGCGCGACCGACAGCGUCAGGGGAAACGCUCUACUGCUAUUUCUGCCGCCUUUGCGGGACGCGACUCAUUCACUUAGCACAGAAUCCUUUCCGUAUCAAGUCCCAAAAUGUUCUCUCUGUAAAGGGCGGCUGCAUUGAGGGCCUAGAUUGGUCCAAAGCCAUCCACAUCUGGACAAAAAGUGCCAUGGUGCCUAUUCCAGAGGGCUCAGAAGCAUACUCGGAGCGAUCGAGCAGUGCCGAAUUUGGCCAGACCCAAGAGCUCUUGGAUUAGCUCUGAUACCACCAUUUACUUUUUUACUUCUUUGUUUUCCCUUUUUCCUUUUUU